ACUGCCUGAGCGAGCUGAAGCGGCGGCUGCGGCAGGGGACCCCAGGAGCCAUGGGGUGCACGCGUGAUGCCAUCCUGGAUGCGCUGGAAAACCUGACCACUGACGAGUUCAAGAAGUUCAAGAUGAAGCUGCUUUCAGUGCCGCUGCGCGAAGGCUACGGACGCAUCCCACGGGGGACGCUGCUGCCCAUGGAUGCUGUGGACCUCACCGACAAGCUCGUCAGCUACUAUCUGGAGGCGUACAGUGCCGAGCUCACGGUACUCGUGCUGUGCAACAUCGGCAUGCAGGAGGUGGCGGAGCAGCUGAAGGAGACCUUGCGCGAGGGCCCCGGAACCACGCCAGCCGGGAUCAAGGCCCCUCCCCAGACAGCAGCCAAGCCAGCACUGCACUUUGUGGAGCAGCAUCGGGCAGCCCUCAUUGCGCGGGUCACAGACGUGGAUGGGGUGCUGGAUGCCCUGUACGGGAAGGUCCUGACAGAGGACCAGUACCAGGCAGUGCGGGCGGAGCGCACCAAUCCUACCAAGAUGAGGAAGCUCUUCAGCUUUGCUCCAGCCUGGAACCUGACCUGCAAGGAUCUGCUCCUCCAGGCCCUGAGGGACACCCAGCCCUACCUGGUGGUCGACCUGGAGCAGAGCUGAGGCAUCUUCCCCAGCAGCGGUCCCACAGACAACCCCUGGCAGUUCCAGCCAUCUUACCUGGAGUCUGUGAUUUUUUUAAUAUACAUAUGAAAAUCCAGCUUGUA